CCCAUGGAAUAAUCCGCCUCCUUGCAAAACCGUACUGUUAUUGAUGUAACACACGCUUUGAUAAGGAAGUAGAUAGUUAACUCUAGUUUGUGGAGUUUGAUAAAUAGCUAGCUAGUCCUAUAACAUGGCAGUGAGCGCAGUUCACCUCGAAUCAGAUGCAUUUUUGGUUUGCAUGAAUCAUGCAUUAAGUACCGAGAAGGAGGAAGUAAUGGGACUCUGCAUCGGAGAGGUGGACACCAACCGCAUCGUCCACAUUCACUCUGUUAUUAUUCUGCGACGCUCAGACAAGAGGAAGGAUCGCGUGGAAAUCUCGCCUGAGCAGCUAUCUUCAGCUACUACCGAAGCUGAGAGGUUGGCUGAUAUGACUGGACGGCCGAUGCGUGUAGUUGGUUGGUACCACUCUCACCCCCACAUCACUGUGUGGCCAUCACAUGUGGGUAAGAACCAGAGCACCCCUCUACCACAUCAGUUCCACAACUUUAGUUUUCACUGUCAUUGCAAACUGUUUCAGUUGGUGUGUCUGCAUCAUUCAUUUUCUACAACAGAUGUAAGGACACAGGCCAUGUACCAAAUGAUGGACCAGGGCUUUGUUGGGCUGAUAUUCUCCUGUUUCAUUGAGGAUAAGAACACAAAAACUGGUCGAGUUCUCUACACCUGCUUCCAGUCUGUACAAGCCCAGAAAGGCUCUGAGUACGAGAGAAUCGAGAUCCCAAUUCAUGUGGUCCCGCAUGAGGCCAUUGGGAAAGUGUGCCUUGAAUCAGCAGUGGAGCUCCCAAGAAUCCUCUGCCAGGAAGAGCAGGAUACCUACAGAAAGAUUCACAGCUUAACUCACCUGGAUCCGAUCACAAAGAUACACAAUGGCUCAGUGUUCACUAAGAACCUGUGCAGUCAGAUGUCUGCUGUGAGUGGUCCCCUGCUGCAGUGGCUGGAGGACCGUUUGGAGCAGACCAGAAAGAGCAUCAUUGAGCUGCAGCUGGAGAAGGAGAGACUAACUCAGGAGCUGGCAACCAUGUGAGAGAGAAAGGACAUUGCACAGCUGUGAAUCCAUUUGCACCAUGAGGGACCACCAUCCUGUCUCUGCGGGACAUAGAAGGCUUCCGCUCCACAGCUGAUCCAUGGUGGAGGCACUAUCAUGGAGGCCAGCUGCAAUAGCUUGCUUACAAACUUGUUUACGUAUCAUAACAACAGAUUUCAUAGACACUGUAUGUUGUCAAAGGAGGUCUUACCCAUUUUUACAGUAUAUAUCAUGACCGUGGCUGUCUGAAAUGCAAAGUGUUAAAACGUUACAAUCCCAAGAUAAAGAACAUACGCUGCGAGGAGGCUACUUGUUUACAUUUCAUUACCAUAUCCAACAUCCCAUAUUCAGUGGGAUGGUUAUACUGCAUAGGGCCUCCCUUUCUCCCUUUAUAAAAUCACCAUGGUAGCUCUCUGACCCAACAGGGAGGAGAGUAAAACGAAAAAGAAGACACUGCUUUUAUGAGGGAAAUUUAGCCAUAAAUGAGAGCGGGUGUGAACACAGAGGUACCCUGACGGGGAGGAGAGUCAGAGAGUUCAUGGUAGCAGUUAUAGCCUCAAUCCAGCCAAUAAUGAUUCAACACUGAUUGGGGCCUAAGUCUCAGGCUGCAAAAUAAUUGGGGAAAUGUUGUAUAGCAAGAAAGCAAACAAACAACAAACUUUGAACCAUUUGUCAUCUUCUGUUUCGAUCUUCUUUCAAAAUAAAUACAGUGGGCCCUGAGGGACCAAUAAAAACUGCACAAAGAGAGACACUCUGUGAGAAACCCAAGCACAUUAAAGAGAUUUUCUGGAAGUUUCGUAUAAUUUCAGCCAGUAGUUUUGAAAGUACAGAUCAAGAGCCAAAACGGCUCCCCGAAAAUGUUGCACAAUUGUGUACAACCCCAUCACGUCAUUGUUCUCAAGCCUCUGUAGC